CAAGCCCUAGCAGGUUUAAGAUUUAUUUGGCCGGUCUCUUCGCUUCUCUCCACUCUUUAGUCCUCCGCCGCACCCAAGAAAAACCCUAGAACUCCUCAUCUCCUGCAAUGGCGCCGAAGAAGGAUAAGGCCCCACCUCCGUCCUCCAAGCCAGCCAAGUCCGGUGGCGGGAAGCAGAAGAAGAAGAAGUGGAGCAAGGGAAAGCAAAAGGAGAAGGUCAACAACAUGGUGCUCUUCGACAAGGCCACCUAUGACAAGCUGCUGUCUGAGGCUCCUAAAUACAAGCUUAUUACCCCUUCUGUUCUUUCCGACCGUCUCAGGAUUAGCGGAUCACUUGCAAGGAAGGCUAUCAGGGAACUGAUGGCUAGAGGUUUGAUCAGGAUGGUCUCAGCUCAUGCGAGCCAGCAGAUAUACACCAGAGCUACCAACACUUAGACAAGAUUGUUCUUUCAACUUGCUUAGGAAGAGUUGAAAUGUUUUUGGUUAUGUUAGACUUGUGUCUGUCUUUGAAAUAGUUCUAUUUUUGUCUUCUAUUAAAUGCUGUGAGACGUAUCUAUUGUCCUACUUGAAGGAUGUGAUCACAAUUUUAAGUUUGAUACUGAAUUUUUUUCUCAGGUUCAUGGUUUAUACCAUUCUGUAGUUUAUCAUUGUUACUCUUUUGUUGACUCGGUUCCCAUGUCUGGAUGGAUGUCUUUGAA